AUGAAAUCCUCUGUCCGAGAAAGGUUCUCCUUGAAAGGGAAACGAUGUCUGGUGACAGGAGGGACCAAGGGGAUAGGGAACGGGAUUGUGGGGGAGCUCGCAGCACUAGGAGCCAACGUACUUACUUGUUCCAGGACAGAGGCUGAUUUGCAGGAGUGUUUGCAAGCAUGGCAGAAGCAGGGAUUCAUUGUGCAAGGAGUUGUUGCAGACAUGUCGAAGGAGGAAGAUAGAAUCAUGUUGAUCAAGAAGGCGGAGGAGUUUUUCGAGGGCAAGCUCGACGUGCUGGUGAACAACGUCGGGACGAACGUGAGGAAGACGACUGUGGAGUAUAGCAGUGAGGAGUUUGAUUUCUUGAUGAACACAAACUUCAAAUCAUGUUUCCACCUCUGCCAACUCGCUUUCCCGCUUCUCCAGCGGUCGGAGGGACACGAGGAGAGGAGCUACUCAACAGGAUCAAUCUAUGCAGCGACAAAGGCGGCGAUGGACAUGCUUACCAAGAAUCUUGCUUGCGAAUGGGCGAAGAACGGGAUAAGAGUCAACUGUGUAUCGCCCUGGUAUACCGCGACUCCCCUCGCACUUCAGGUUCUUAAGAAUGAAACCUUCAAGAACGAAGUGCUUGCUCGCACUCCUAUGCGUCGAGUCGCAGAGGUUGAGGAGGUGGCAGGAACGGUUGCAUUCUUGGCAAUGUCUGCAUCAAACUACAUAACAGGCCAGGUCAUUGUAGUAGACGGAGGGUACACUAUCAAUGGGCUUCACUGA